AAAAAAACUUCCAUAGAAAAUGGCGGUGGCUUGGACACCUGCUCAAUGGUAAAUUAAAACACCGCUCCCAGCAAUCCCGCCGCGGUCGUUUCCCAGCAGUUUGUGGAGGACCCACUAGCUUCCUUUUUCUUCAUUCCUCUUUCAUUUGCUGUUGUAGCCAAAGUCGACUGUUGCAGAAUGCCUGACGAAGAUUCUGAUUCCAAACCCUCGACAGAUUUCCGUCCGCCAAAGCUCAAUAUCAACUGUGCUCCGAACUACAACUUCGGUGGAGACUCUCCGACCAGCGAUAUACUUCUCCACGCCGUAGCUCCCCGAGAUAUGGACCAUCAACACUCAACAGUUGUACAAACUGAUGAUGGGACGUACAUUUUGUGCGACUCACCGCAGCCUGAAUACUCGCUAGCCGAUAAAGCCAAGCAUGAUUCUUUCGCAAGCGAUAGAUCAUCCGGUUCCAGCCAUACUCUGAACGCAAGUGAUAGAAGAUCAAAUGAAACCGGAGAGCUUCAACCUAUGACAACAAACGAAAGCUCUUCUCCUCAAAGAGAAUCAGCAGAAGCAACAUCAACGUCUCCGAAGGGACCUAAAGGCGCACCACCGCCGUAUGCCGAUCAAGAUCGUAAACGCAAUUCUCACGAUAGACAAGAAGAGACUCCGAGAGUAAAACCUCGGAAAGUCAUUGGCAAUUUUACCUUGACUAAUACCCUUGGCGCUGGUAGCAUGGGUAAAGUCAAGUUGGCUGUACAUAACUUAACCAACGAGAAGUGGGCUGUUAAAAUCAUUCCACGAGCCCAAUAUUCAAUUCAUAAAGGUCAUAUAUCGAACAAAGAUCGCAGCCGUGAGAUACGAACCAUUAGGGAAGCUAGCAUAAUGCUACUUUUGCAUCAUCCUUACAUCGUCAGUCUAAAAGAGAUGAUCGUACUCAAUCCAUAUUACUACAUGUUUAUGGAAUAUGUCAAUGGCGGUCAAUUAUUGGAUUAUAUAAUAUCGCAUGGCAAGCUGAAGGAAAAGCAGGCGAGACGGUUUGCUAGGCAAAUUCUCAGUGCUUUGGAUUAUUGUCAUCGAAAUUCCAUUGUUCACAGAGACUUGAAAAUUGAAAAUAUCCUGAUUUCGCAAUCUGGACACAUCAAAAUUAUCGAUUUUGGACUCUCCAACCUGUUUUCACCACAAUCUCAUUUGUCUACUUUCUGUGGGUCUUUGUAUUUUGCUGCCCCGGAGUUACUGAAUGCUAAGGCUUACACCGGUCCCGAAGUUGAUCUUUGGAGUUUUGGAAUAGUUUUGUACGUUCUUGUUUGUGGAAGAGUUCCAUUUGAUGACCACAGUAUGCCUGCACUGCAUGCUAAAAUCAAGCGUGGUCAAGUUGAAUACCCAAAUUAUUUGUCCGGUGACUGCAAGAAUCUGCUCUCAAGACUGCUCGUGACUGAUCCAGCUCGAAGAGCUACCAUGUCCGAAGUUUUAAUGCACCCUUGGACGAAUAAAGGGCACGAUUUGCCCGUUGAUAACUAUCUUCCUCAUCGACCCCCCCUCACUUUGCCUGUGGACAUGGAAGUGGUUCGAGGCAUGACUGGAUUUGAAUUUGGAAGUGAACAAGAUAUCAAAUCGCAGCUGGAGGAAGUCAUCUACUCGCCUGACUAUCAAAAUGCCGCCAAGAUCAUAUCGAAAAAUUCAAGCGAACAAAUCAAUAGCGGCCUUCAUAGCCGGAAACACCUGCAACAUGGUUCAAAGCGACAAUUUUAUAUGCCUAGCGAUGACCCUCAGUCCAUUCCCGCUGCCUAUCACCCUCUAAUUUCCAUCUAUUACCUUGUCAAAGAACGUAUGGAACGUAAUAGGUUGAUGGAACAGCAAGAUUCAUUGGAAAUGGUCAUUAACAGUGGUGAAAAAGGCAUACGAAGAGCGUCUCGCGAUAUUCUCACAGGAGUUACCAUCCCAACCAUUUCCAAGCCUGAGCGAGCUCAUCCUGCCGAUCAAACAUAUGAACAAAGCGUGCUCAAUACUUACGAAGGGGAUGGCUUGUCUGGAAUAGCGUACGGCAGACGUGGACGAGCCAAUAUCCGUCUAGACCCAGAUGGACAUCUUGUAGAGGUAGAUGGACACACGGUCGGUGACAAGAUUGAAGAAGGAUUUAGCAAGCUAUUUUCCAGACGACACAACGGACACAAGGCAAUUGCUGAGACUUCCGAAAACGAAAGCAGCAAUACUGAAAAUGAGCAUCCUGGUGUAUUCCGUCGCUUGAGUUUGGCGCUUGGUAAAGGUGGAGACUCAUCUACAAGGAGACAUGAACGACACCAUAGUCUAAGCACUAGCAAGCGGCCGGUCGAACCGAUCCCUAUCCCUGGCACAGCGCCUGAUACGACACCCCGUUUGCCAUUUGCUCCAAGAUCAAUACCAGAAGAGUCAUCUUCACGGAGGUCCAUUGAUCAAUUUGGCCAUCCGUUUGGUUCAUUGCUGCAUCGACCAUAUGCUGACAAAGAUUCUGAUCAAGCACAAGGACUUGUUGGUGGUAAAAAGUUGGCUUCAGGCAAAGUCCCGGCCCAAGAACUUCCCGCCGUAGAUCCAAACGCCACCACCUUCGGGGAACCCAUACCCAAAACAUCCAGAUCAACCCACGAGACCAGUUCUCAUCGACAAUCGUCCGAGCGCCGAUCGUCUACCUAUGCUUACGACGGACAAGAUGUCUCUGAGAGUGGAACAGUGGACCAGACUAUUCGGCCAGUAUUCCUCAAAGGACUGUUCUCAGUCACUACCACUUCCACCAAGCAUCCAAGCGUUAUCCGAGCUGAUCUCAUCCAUGUCUUGGAGAGAAUUGGCGUAAAGUGGCGGGAAAGCAAAGGCAGAUUUGAAUGUGUCCAUGUGCCUAGUAUUGAUCUUUACGGACAGCGUCAGCAGGUUUCACCGCCUGAAGCAGCCAAGGGAGAAAAAAGGCAUACCCGAAAAGAGCCAUCGUUUGAUAUUCCUGACCUUGUCGUUCGGUUUGAAAUUUACAUUGUCAAGGUACCGUGGCUCUUGGGCAUGCAUGGACUGCAGUUUCGAAGAGUCGGUGGCGACCCUUGGCAGUACAAAAACAUGUGCUCCAAGAUUUUGAACGAGCUCAAAUUGUAGUAAUAUAUUGUAUAAAAAGAAGAGCAUAC